CGACGGUGUCUGCUUAUGGCCAUGUGACCUUGCUACAAGGAGCUUCAGGGAACGGCUGUUGCUUUUGUGCUUGUGUGAUCCCAGCCACUGACCAUUUUGUCCCGUAGCGUGAGGAUCGCUGAGCUUGUAACCCUUCUCCUAGCUGAAACGGCUGUGGAUGUUGUUUCACCAUGCAAACAUCCAAUCCCUUUCUAAAACCUACUAAGCUAUCUGACUCGCUGUCCUGUUCUUGUGAAUAAGUUAAAGCCUUCCCUGCCGUAACUGGAAACCAACUAUUGUGCGAUAGGCUAUUAGCUGUAUGCAUGCUGAAAACCAGGGGCUGCUUGUUUGUCAAAUACCAGCGCAGGCUAAAAGUGGUCUGUUUGCUCAGCAGAGAUCUGGAAACGGGUGCCUUUACACAGAGGGAUAACUGCGUGUGUGCCCCAGGUGGUUAAAUUAGAGCUGUACCAUGCCCCGUGGUCCUUGAGGUCUUUGUAAAGCACUGUGUGUGCUGCAUUUAGGGCAGUCACUGUCUGUGUGAGGCACCUUCUGGGAUUUCAGUUGUUCCCCUGAAGCUAGUAUUGAUUCCUCUAGCUCCUCUCUGAUUUAAACGUUUCUUCUGCCUGUGGUAGCCACUUAGGUAUUUCAGCUAAGAGAAAACAAGGAGACAAACUGUGAUCUUCUUUCCCAUACAAGUCAUUUCUUUCUGCUAUAGCUGGCUCUAGCUGUGAGUGGUCCUACAGCUAUCUCAGCUGUUCCUUCCUCCCCAUCGACAAUUAACUCUAUUUUUCUCUUCCAAGCUUUUUGCAGUCUUGAGAACACCUGUGUGUCUUCUUCCCUGCACCUUAGUUCCCUUGCACACCUUCUGGUUAAUUUUUACUAAUGUGGAUGCUAUUUGUCAAUAUACUCAGAGCAAACCAGUUCUCUGGUUCCAGCAAACCCACUCUUUGAGUAUUUCUGCCUCAGUAAGUGGCUGUCUCUUGUUCCUGGCUGGGAAGCUCAUGUCAAAGUCGUUGUCAGCUGCUUUAAAUUCUGUAUUUCUUUAAAACUAUGACAUGCAGAUUUUUUUUUUUUUUUUUUUUUUUUUGUACAUUGAACUUUAUCACUUCAGCCAGCAUUUAUCAGUUACUCUCAGUCAGGCUGCCUGGGUUAUCACACAAGGAAUGCAGCAGGUCUGCUUGGAGCCAAAUCUUGUCUAUGUGUGUGUCAUUUUGUCUCUUUUAAUACACUGCCCUGACUUGCUUGCUGUGAAGGGAGUAUGCAUCUGGAGAUUAAAGUUGCCCUUAACUUCAUCAUCUCAUACCUGUACAACAAGCUUCCUCGGAGGCGGGCAGACCUGUUUGGUGAGGAGCUAGAGCGCCUGCUGAAGAAGAAAUAUGAGGGUCACUGGUACCCAGAGAAGCCUCUGAAGGGCUCAGGCUACCGCUGCGUUCAUAUUGGGGAGACGGUGGACCCGGUAGUGGAGCUGGCGGCCAGGCGGAGUGGGCUGGCCGUGGAGGAUGUGCGUGCCAACGUGCCGGAAGAACUGAGCGUCUGGAUCGAUCCUUUCGAGGUCUCCUACCAGAUCGGUGAGAAGGGCUCCGUAAAGGUCCUCUACCUGGAUGACAGCGAGGGCUGCAGCGCUGCUGAGCUGGACAAAGAAAUCAAAAGCAGCUUCAACCCUGACGCCCAGGUAUUUGUCCCCAUUGGCAGCCAGGACAACUCGCUGUCCAACUCUCCAUCCCCCUCUUUUGGCCAGUCACCGAGCCCCACCUUCAUCCCUCGCUCUGCCCAGCCCAUCACCUUCACCACUGCCACAUUUGCUGCCACUAAGUUUGGCUCCACCAAGAUGAAGAAGGGCGGAGGGGCCGGAGGAGGGGGUGGCGGCGCAGGGGCCACGCAGCAACCGCGGAUGGUCAGGUCGCCCACUACCAACCUGCUGAAGCACAAGGGCCUCUCCCUGUCCAUGCACUCUCUGAACUUCGUCGGGAGCGCUGGGAGCCAAGCCCCGCAGUCGCAGCUCUCCCCCAAUGCCAAGGAGUUCGUUUACAGCGGCGGCUCGCCAGGGGCCAGCAGCCUAUUCUUCGACGGUGUUGCCAGUGAGAGCCAGGCCAGCAUCCCUCCAGCGUCGCAGUUCAAUGCUGGCACAGGCAGCACCUUUGAUAUGGCUCAGGUCUUCGGCGGCAGCACCAACAACCUCUUCUUGGAGAAGUCUCCCUUUGUGGAAGGACUCAGCUACAACCUGAACGCCAUGCAGUAUCCCAGCCAGUCCUUCCAGCCCGUUGUCCUGGCCAACUGAACGCAGGGAAGGAGAGUAUUGGGGGCAGGGGAGGGAGGGGGGGAACAACAACAACAACAACAACAAAACACAUGGGGAGAGAAAACAGAAAUAUACAGAAAAUAUUCAAAUCUUAUAAAUAUAGCUUCUUGGAAAAAGAGAGAACCCAGUGUUGUUGCGCUGUGCUGGCAACGCUCCUGAAGCACUGACUUGUUUUUUUUAAAUUCAGUCCCUGUGCUUUUUCUCCUACUCACUUUUUUACUCUUUAAAUGAGUCUCUGGUCUCUUGGGUUGUGUUCCCCCUUCCCCAGCCCCAGAUCGGCACAGGUGUAGGUCACAGUGCUCCCUUUUCACUCCCACCUGGCUGUAGGAGGGGCAGGCAGGAUGAGGUGGGCUUGCUUUGCUGUUACUGCUGUGUGUGUGGGAGGAGAGCAUCUCAUGUGCCUGGAGGUUCAUACUGCUGCACUGCUGUUGCUCCAGGCUAGCAUCCAGUUCUGUCUGUGCUGAGAAGCAUCUGCUGUCCCCUCUCAUCUCCAGCUAUGGGAGGACAGCAGUCCCCUUUGUGCACCGAUCAAGAGGCUUUUCUGUGCCCUUCUGGGGUUGGUUUGGAGGAUAGCCCUGCAGCAGAGAAGCACUGCAGGUCUGUCCCUGUGUGAGGAGGUGGUGCUGAGCUGUUGGAUCCUGUCCCUUCCUGGUGGACACCCUACCUGCAGGGCUGAGCAUUCACUCAUGAUCCUUUGGUCCUAAGUUUUGAGCUCUUGUUGCCGGCUGUGGAUUUGUCUUCAUCUUGGAGAGGGGAUUUUUUUCAGUAGUUAGAGGCAGCGCUAUUUUGGAGAAGAAAAAGGGCUGUGUUGUUGAAGCUGCUGUCUUGAGCAGUGGUAAGUGGUCUACAGGUCACUUCUGUGCCAGGGUCUGGGCCCCCAGGUGGGGCUGGAGGACCCUUGGGUGUGAAGGAGCCUCCUUGGAGGCUGUGGUGGGAGCGCGGAAGAGUGCGGAGAGGAGAGAAGCAGUCAUGAGACUCCAGUUUUUGACGUUGAAAAGAAAAGUGAGCUUUUUGCUGCCUGCCAGGCUGGGGGUUUAGUUCUCUUGAAACGGUGUCUCUGGAGCACACUCUGAAACCCACUUCUGUGGCUGCUGUACCAUUGUGCUCCUUCAGGACAUCCCCGUUCAGGCAGGUGGUCUGCAGCUUGUGCUUUUUCCCUCUCCUUGACCCAAGAUGAAGGCGUGCCAGCCCUCCUGUUGUUGCCAGUGAGCCUUUGCAGAGGCAACGGGAUAGGUGUGGGGUGCCAUUGCUGCCACAGCCCUGAGGAGCAUUUCCAUCCUGGCGGGGCAGGCCCCCAGCAGGCUGCUUGCUGCCAUCGGGCUAUGAGCGGCACGGCGGGCCGGGCUCACUUGGCUUCUCCUAAAAUGGCGUCCGUAGCUCAGCCCUGCGGGUUUCCAGGCUAGAGCAAGCUGCUCAGGAACAGCUGAGCCAUCUGCAUCUUUCUUUGCCUAUUCUCUUUGGUUUUUAACCUACUUACGGAUGUUACCACUGCCACCCUCUCCCUGGGAGCGCACUACUGACUGCCAGGCCCCCGCUCUGGGACCCGGCUGUCCCCAGUGCUGGCAGCGCCACCUGCCAGUCGCUGCCGCGGGACAGCGGACCCCUUUGGCACCUCUGGGGAGAGGCAGGGAGCCCCGGCCCUGUGCGUGUGAAGCUUCGAUGCCGCUUUGCCCCCACAGCCACGUUGGGAACCGUGGUGCGAGGGGAGGGAGGGACCAAGCUCUGUUUUAAACAAGUGUGCUUCAGAAGCGUUCCCCCGGUGUCAGGCAGCGAUGGAAACUAGCAGCCUUUUCAGGGCUUUUCUAGUCUUGGAUGUAGGCGUUCAGCUUCAAUUUUAUUUUUUAAAACCUGCACUAAUUUACCUGGUUUCUUAGGGAGAGAAGAGAGACUUUCUUUUUUUUUUUUUUUUAACUUUUAUUUUUUAUGGGUUUGUGUUCUUUUUGUUGAUGUCCGUUUGUAUUGAAUAAUUUGCUACAUUUGUAAAAUGCAAGAGGUAUAUAUAAUAUAUGUAUAUUUCUAACGUAAAAAAAAAAAAAAAGAAAAAUUGUAAUUUUUUUCUUUUCAAGAUUUUUUCUUAAAAAGAGGAGAGAGAAAAAUAUUUUUUCAGGAAAAAAAAAACCUUAAAAAACAAACAAAACAAAACAAAAAAAAAAGGCAGUGAAGAUUCCUUUCUCCCCUGCUCAGCCUCCUCCUGUCCCUCCCACCCCACUGCCAGCAGUGAAUGGGAAGUUGCCCUGUGGAGAAUGAAUGAAUGGAAGAGGUCCAUGCUGCUCUGGGUGGAGGAUCUGUGUGUGCUUUGGCGGUUCCUUUCUGAGACAGGGGGGGCUCUGAAGGGGGGGGAUUUGGGGGACUGAUGGCUUUUUUUUUUUUUUUCUUUUUCCAUUUUUUUUCUUUUUCUUUUUUUUCUUUUCUUUUUCUGUAGCGAAGGAGGAAUACAAUCAGAGUUUUGUAUUCAGAAUGUUGUGCAAUAUUUUGGAACGGGACAUUGGCGUGUCUAGAGAUUUAGUUAAAAAACAAACAAACAACAAAAAAAAAAAAAGGUUGAUCAAAUCUGUACAGUUUCUAUUGUUCCAGAUUUUUUUAAGUUUGUAUUAAAAGCAUGAUAUAAUAA